UUCAGCUACAAAGCCGUGGGAUACGGAUCCCUUUGGAGGGAGGGGGAUCAUCCGAGGCAGAAUCCUUGCUGCCUCCCGGGCCAAAAUCGGGUAAUUGUUUUGAAAAAGUUAAUAAAGGGAGAAAAUACUUUCCUGCGUUGGGACGGCAGCUCAGGAUGCUCUCGGCUCAUCUCACUGUUCUGAUAGUUUGUGAUCAAACUCUUCUGACAGAAGCAGAGGGAAACCUGCAUGGCUUUCCAGACACGGCAAAUUAAUCUUUAUGUAUCAGGUUUGAUGGAGAGAACAUGUACAUGGGGAUGAAUGACAACGCCCAGGAGUUUCUAUCUGCCAAUCAGACGUACAGCAGCCAGAAUGAGAACAACGAAGACUACGAGAUCCCUCCCAUAACGCCUCCUAACCUCCCUGACCCUUCCCUCCUGCACUUGGUGGACCACGAAACUGGAUAUCACUCCCUGUGCCACAGCCUCCCUCCCAACAGCCUGAUCCCAGCCUACCCCUACCAGAACAUGGACCUGCCGGCCAUCAUGGUCUCCAACAUGUUGAGUCAGGACGGGCAUCUCCUCUCCAGCCAGCUACCCACGAUCCAGGAGAUGGUCCACUCGGACGCCGCGUCCUACGAUUCCAACCGCCAAGUGCCCCUGCUCAACCGCCCUGGGAUGCUGGCCGGCCCCAUGAGCGCUCUCAGCCAGUCCCAGCUCAUCUCUCAGAUGGGGAUGAGGAGUGGUGUCGCCCACGGCUCCCCCUCACCCCCAGGAAGCAAAUCUGCUACACCAUCUCCCUCCAGUUCUACUCAGGAAGAGGAGACAGAGUCACAUUACAAGGCUACUGGAGAGAAAAGACCAUCGACAGACCUGGGCAAAAAGCCCAAAAGCCAAAAGAAGAAGAAAAAGAAGGACCCCAACGAGCCCCAGAAGCCCGUGUCAGCCUAUGCCCUGUUCUUCAGAGACACACAGGCAGCCAUCAAAGGGCAAAACCCCAACGCCACCUUCGGAGACGUGUCCAAAAUUGUGGCAUCCAUGUGGGACAGUUUGGGAGAAGAACAAAAACAGGCAUACAAGAGGAAAACAGAAGCUGCGAAGAAGGAGUACCUGAAAGCUCUGGCCGCGUACCGGGCCAGCCUCGUCUCCAAGAGCUCUGCCGACCAGGGGGAGACGAAAAGUGCCCAGAGCAACCCACCUUCCAAAAUGAUCCCCCCCAAGCAGCCCAUGUACCCGAUGCCUCCGCAGGCUUCCUCACCCUACCCUGGCCUGGGCUCCUUCCUGUCCCCGUCGGACCUGCAGAACUACCGUGGCCACCCCCACCCCGGGCUGUCCCGGCCCCUCAGCUCCAAGCCCAUGCUGCCCAGCAUCAGUGCCUCCCCCCCGCCCUCCUUCCAGAUCAGCCCCCCGCUCCACCAGCAGCUGUCCUUGCACCACCCGCAGAGCUCCCUCCUCAGCCAGCCCCUCAGCAUGCAGCAGGUCCCCCAGCAGCCCCUCCUGUCCCCCCCCAUGGCACUACAGGUACAGCCCCCCAUGAACGCCUCGCCUCCCGGGCAGCAGGACUUCUCCCAUAUCUCGUCUGAGUUUCAGAACAGUGUUGGACCCCGUUCGCCUGGUGCAUCAAACCCUGCGGGAAGCACUGAGUGGGACAGCGACUACCCCAGCAGAGAGUGUGGGGUCAACCACUGCAGCAUGCUGCCAAGGGACAAGGCACUCUACCUCACCUAAGGCUCACCACCCCUUUCUUGGAGGAGGCUCAGACGAAGGACACUUGAGAGGGUCUGUCCCACGGACCACCCCGGGGAGGCACGAGCAAGUCGUACGGGCGGGAGAGCUGCCACUUUGCAACCUCGUCGCUGGCUUCGUUCCCAGGCUCUAAGAGCAGUUUGUUGGGUUUUUGUUUUUUUGUUUUCUUUCCUUUCCUUAUUUUUGAACUCUAAAAGUCUUUUCCGUGCAAGCCCAAAAAAAAAAAAAACCUCGUAAAUCAUAAAGAACAAAAAAAAAAACGAAAAAGAAAGAAAACUAAAACUAAAAAUAAUUAAAAAAAAAUUUAAAAUAAAUGCAAAACCAACAAAAAAAUAAUAAAAAUUAACUGAGGACACCGUUUUUCUGCUUGCCAUCAGCUUAGCUACAGACUAUUUUCCUAGUGAACUGCUUUUAGAUGCAGCAUAAGCCCAGGUCUGGUGUCCUACAGCGUUAGGCCAGCUCAGUAGGAGGAUGCACUCUUUUGACUUGCUAACAGCACUAAACUUUGUGCAAGAAAAUGUGAAGUUUGUGUGAAUAUUGUACAUGCAAAGGCCUUGGAUGGUCUGGCAAAAAAAAAAAAAAUUACAAAAAAAAUAAAUAAAAACUAUUGCUAGGUAGGUGGGGGGAGAGAGCAGAAGGCAAAAUACGAGCGGAAAAAUGUGAAGAAGAUCACGAAAAUAUAAUUUGUUGGAUAGUUGUAAGUAGUUUACUAAGUGUUUUAGAGCUGUGCUAAAGACAUCUUUAAGAUUUUUUUGUGAAAGAAAUUAGUAGUUUACUUUAUAGUAAAAGCAUUUUAUAUUAAUUGUAGCACAUUUUUUAGUUAUACAUAGAAGGGAGAUGUGUAUAAAAAAAAACAACAAAAAAAGCCUGCCAAACUUGUUUCUAUUAUUUGUACAGCAAGAAAUGGACAAUUUAUAUCCAUGUUGUAUGGCAUUAUUAUUUUUUUUCGGCCAUAUGUCCAUCUAUUUAAAAAUUGCUGACAAUGAUUUUUGUCUAUUUAUGAAAAAUUAGAGAGCAUAAUUACAGUUUCUCAUAAGGUGCAUUUUUGGGGUUCUUUUGUUUUGUUUUGUUUUUAUUUUUUAUUUUGUUUGACGGCGCUGCUUUCGCAGCACCUGGCACAUUCGGUUCACAAUGCUUAUCUUACCUUUCUUUAUAAUAAAACAUAUGAAAAGUA